GGAUCCCUGCGGCGGGAGGUCCCAAUGGGCGGCGGGUGCCGCGCGCCUGCGCACUGAGUACCGAGGCGUGCAGUGCGGCGCCGUCGGCGGAGGGAGACAUGGAUCAGGGAUACGGCGGUUAUGGCACCUGGAGUACUGGGACCACCAAUACUCAAGGUACAUAUGCGACAAAUGCGACAAGCUGGCAAGGCAUCACGGCCAAGGAGAAUUAUGAGGGAUCUUCAUGGCACACUUGGCAGUCACUUUACGAGAGCCCUAGGAGUGACAUAGCGAAGGGCUAUGAAGGUUAUGAUUAUUACAACACCCAAACCACCGCCGCUAACACGGCGGCCACAUACAACUAUGGCGCGGCAGCUGCUGCCACCUCCAGUACUUGGGAGACUCCCAAAUCGUCCGAUAUGAGCAUGAACGCCGACGUCAACACCAGCAUGACCGUUGGGUCGUACAGCGCCGAGACCGGGGCGAACGAGAGCUCGGAUUCCAUCAUAGCCAAAAUUAACCAGCGUUUAGAUAUGCUGUCCAAGGAGGGCAGCAGCGGAGCAGGCGAAGGCAUGGAAGACCAGGAGAGCUCUUUCAGAUUUGAGUCUUUUGAAUCGUAUGACUCGAGGUCUUCAAUGAACGACCGUGACAUGUACAGAUCUGGCUACGAUUACGGGGAAGUGGGAACUGAUCGGAACGAUUCCUUUGGGAGCCAGUUCGACAGCCGCAGGGAUCAGUCGCGCAACCGAGGCAACAACUACGGCCUCAUCCGAGGAAGGGGGCAGAACCGCGUUCAGAAUCGGGGGCGUCUCAACACUUUCAACCGCAGCGACCACUUCAUGCCCUCCUCCAGUUCGGAGCGCCUGUCGGCUCGCUGGAAUGAGUUGAACUACAUGGGGGGGCGCGGGAUGGGGGGGCCCGGUCCCAACAGGCUCCCUUCUCUCUUCUCCCAAGCCCUCGUCCCCGACUACGGCGACUAUGGCGAUUACGGUGACUACGGCGACUAUGGAGAUUAUGGCGAUUACGGUGACUACGGCGACUACGGGGACUAUGGAGACUAUGACUAUGGCAUGAUGGGCAUGUCGGGCAUGGGAAUGGGACGGUACGGCAAUAUGCCGUACGGAAUGGGGAGGCAGCGGAACAGAGACAGAGUGAGUACGGUGCCGUGGCACCUGAACACGCUCAUGCCCAAAAGGAGGGGUUUCCGCAACCGUUCAGGAGGGCGAUCAGAUAGCGAAGGAGGUCGCAAGCGAAAACAGUCCCAAAGCGGAGAUGAGCCAGAAAGCAAACAGGCAAAGACUGACAGCGAAGGAGACGACACUGAGAAUGCAGAUGAGGGCGAAGGAGAGGAAAGGUCAGGAGAUGAAGCUGACAAAGGUGAGAAUGGAGUUGCGGCGAUUUGGCAGAGGAAGGUCUUGACCUACAGUGGAAGUUCUGGUCUCUGCGCUCCUUCACCUGAAGACGUUGCAGCAUCUGGAGAUGGCUGUGAAGAUGAUGAUGAGGAGGUGAAAAAGAGGAGGGAGAAGCAGCGGAGAAGAGAUAGGAUGCGCGAUCGGGCAAUGGACAGAAUCCAGUUUGCCUGUUCCGUCUGCAAGUUCCGCAGUUUUGAGGAAGACGAAAUCCAGAAGCAUCUACAGAGCAAGUUUCACAAAGAGACCUUGCGAUACAUCGGUACCAAACUUCCAGACAAAACCGUUGAGUUUCUGCAGGAGUACAUCGUCAACAGGAAUAAGAAAAUUGAGAAGCGGCGCCAGGAUCUCACGGAGAAAGAGGGCACAAAACAGAAGCCAGAUCCGUUUAAGGGUAUUGGCCAGGAACACUUCUUCAAGAAGAUCGAGGCAGCUCACUGUAUGGCUUGUGACAUGUUAAUUCCCGCACAGAACCACCUCCUCCAGAGGCAUCUGCGAUCUGCAGAUCACAACCGAAACCGCAGAAUGGCCGCGGAGCAGUUCAAGAAGACGAGCUUGCACGUCGCCAAGAGCGUCCUCAACAACAAACACAUCGUCAAGAUGCUGGAGAAGUACCUCAAGGGUCCGCAGGCACGUCAACAACUCCUCAUGAUCAACGGUAUCAAAGGCUGCCGGCAGAUCUAAAUGAAUCAGCACUGGGCACCUGACCUUUGUCCAUCGGCAGGAGGAGAUCUUCGAGCCAUCCCAGCCCGGUCUCCGUACCAUUCCCAGGUGCAAAAGCAGACUGAAAGGGGUGGAGGAAAUCUGAGGAUUCCAGGUAAUGCCAGAGCUGCCUCGCCAAAACACUCUCGGCAACCUUCCCCAAGAAAGGAAGGCCGGAGACAGGGCGAUGAUUGACAGGACUGUCAGCAUCAAGAGAUGAUUUCUUGGCCGUGGGCCUAACGAUUCCUCCUCUGAGGGAUGCUGGGCACCUCGCCCUUCCAAAGGGAGCCCGUGACAGUCUCCACCAAUAGUGGACUUCAUAUCCCCCGUAGAUUUUACCGGCGAUAACGGACAUGGGUCCAGAUCGCAAGGUAUUAGCCCGAAGUUCCCCCCUGUCCUCCAGCACCUCCGUAGGUAGGACUGGCUGUCCGAACCUCAGCCAGAGAAGAUUUAACAUUGUGUUUGUCCUCCACCUGCAUGGAUCUGCUCUUGUGGAGGCAGCCAAUCUGGUCUGAAUCUCUGAUCGAUCUGGUCUGUGAGGCAGCAAACCGCACGAAACCUUUUGCGUAGCGAGCGGAGACGGCCCGGCUUUGCUGGGCUGUCCGUCGGCGGCGUGCGCCCGCUCCCCAGGACAUCACAGACGCUGUGGUGGAGUGGGAGAGCUUCUCUCCUGGCCUCCAGCACAGCUGUGGCGGGAGGGAUCAGCAGCUCUUGGUCACGGUCGAUCAGAUUUCAGGCGAGGUUUCUGCCGCUGGCAUGCCGCCCUCCUCCCUCCCCGUUUCAUCUGUUGCAGGCCAUCCGUCCGCGUACCGUGGUGACCUGUGAGGAAGGGAGAGGGAGUUUAGAACCACGCUUAUGUCCUCGGUGGUGGCACGGUGGCGCCUGCUCCGUGGCAGGGCCAACGCUAGGGUCCGGCGCCCGCUGACCGGGCGGCGCUCGCCCCCGCCUAACUCUGAAACGCACGCGGAGCCCAACAAAACGGGCCCUGCCCCGAAGGGAGCGGUGGUAGGAGCCCGGGGCGGCCUGGACGCAGGUAACGAGGUCGACCCCUCCGGGCCUCGAUCUCCCGAGGAGAUCCCUGCCGGCGCGCGGCGUGCGACGCGCAGAGCGAGAGCCCCGUAGCGGGGCCGCCAGGGCUGCGCGUCCGCGAGGUGAACGUUAAGUCACGUUGCUUCCUCCAUCUGGAUUUCUUGCUCUCCAGAGAAGGGUGCUAGGAAGGCCUGGAGCUUGCCGGUCGUCCCCCACCUCUCCCGCCGCGGGGGAGAGUUCGGUGCAGCCAGCCGGGACCGGCCAGAGGUUGAGGAAUUUGUUUUUUUUUUUUUUAACGGUCUCCGUGAGCUGAGUUCCUCCCAGUCGAGAGCGCGGGCGACGGCCCCGGCUUGCUCUCGCAGUCCCGCCUUAGCGUAGCGGCCAUGCCCCGUAGCUGCCCGCCGAGCGGAGCAGGCCACGGGAGACGUAACAUGCUCCAAGACGCGGGAUUCGAGCGCUCUCCUGGGGCGCUUCUCUCG